AUGGCCAGUGCAAAUAACGUGACCGAGUUGAUUAUCACUGGCCUUAUCCAGGAUCCAGAGGUGCAGAGGGUGUGCUUUGUGCUGUUUCUUCCUGUGUACCUGGCCACGGUGGUGGGCAAUGGCCUCAUUGUUGUGACAGUCAGCAUCAGCCCGAGUCUGCGCUCCCCUAUGUUCAUCUUCCUCAGCUCCCUGUCUUUGGUAGAGAUCUGUUAUUCCUCGACCGUAGUUCCCAAAUUCAUCACUGACUUACUUGCCAAGAUUAAAACAAUCUCUCUUAAGGGCUGUCUGGCUCAAAUAUUUUUCUUCCACUUCUUUGGGGUUGCUGAGAUCAUUUUGCUCGUGGUAAUGGCCUAUGACCGCUACGUGGCCAUCUGCAAGCCUCUUCAUUAUAUGAACAUCAUGAGCCGUUCAGUGUGUCAUGUGAUGGUGGCUUUUUCCUGGCUGGGGGGCUUUUUACACUCCACAAUUCAGGUUCUAAUCUCCAUCCAGUUGCCUUUCUGUGGUCCCAAUGUGAUUGACCACUACUUCUGCGACCUCCAGCCUUUAUUCAAGCUUGCUUGCACUGACACCUUUGUGGAGGGUGUCAUUGUAAUGGCUAAUAGUGGCCUAAUUGCUCUGUGUUCCUUCCUUGUCCUGGUGGCCUCCUACAUCAUCAUUCUGUUCAACCUGAGGAACCACUCUGCAGAGGGGAGGCGUAAAGCCCUCUCUACCUGCGCCUCCCACAUCACGGUGGUCCUCUUGUUCUUUGGACCUGCCAUCUUCCUCUAUAUGCGGCCCUCCUCCACCUUCACUGAAGAUAAACUCGUAGCUGUGUUCUACACGGUCAUCACCCCCAUGCUGAACCCCAUCAUCUAUACACUCAGAAAUGCAGAGGUGAAAAAUGCCAUGAGGAAAUUGUGGGGCAAAAAGAGCUUAGGAGUGGAGUGA